GCGAGGGGCUGGGGUUGCUUGGGUUUGUGCUGGUUCUGCAUUGGUUUCGGUGGCCGUAUCGCCCCUUCUUAGGCUGUUUGAGGCGCGGGCCCUGCCCUGGGAGAGCCGCCCCCAUCCCAGCAGGGGCAGCCCCGGGAGCUUCCCUCAGCCGUGCCGUCUCGGGCUUGGAGCCCUGGCGUGUGCCCGAGCAUCGGCCGCUGGGCAGGUAGCUGCGCCGCCGGUCGCUGGCCUCGGGUGAUCCCCCGUGAAGAGCCACGGAGUUUCACCGUUUAGCAGGUGUUACGGCUAGGGGGGCUCGCAGGACUCCCUGAGGAGGCUGCGCGUUUGAUUUGAAAGCACUUUAACAUCUUCUUGGGGUGCUUUCCUCUUUCUCCAAUUGGCUCUAGCAAGCAUCAUGAGGUUUCUAAGUGGUUUUACCAUAUAUUUUGAUGCCUCCGAAGAAGAAAUGUACCCACAAGGCCAGGAAGGCAGAGCUGGUAUUCCUUGAGAGGCCGCGAGAGGGACCCGUCCAUUGCUAUGAAACACCGCUACCUUCGGCCAAGAAGCCAAGACGUGUUCUUACAAAACCUGUAGACCAGAACACCUCUGCCUGGGUAUGUCCACAAUUUGAAACAACUAAGUCAGUGGUGUUGAAACCAUGCCAGAAGAAGCACUGUGGACCUCACAAACCCCAGAAUCAGGAUGCCAACCACAGUUCGCUUCAUGCAGGAGGAGCUUGUCGAAGAGCUAUAGCCUGCAAAUUUCCUCCUUUAGCUUUUGAGAAUCCAGAAGGAUAUGCAGUCCACCCCUCAGAUCAUCCAAAUGGCUCGAGGAAGAACACACAGCACACUCACAACCAGCCCAAGAAAGGGACAGCAGCAAAAGCCAAUGUCCAGGUGAACAGUCUGCAGAACUGUAGAGAAAUACCUUUGUUACCUGUGGCCCAGCCUGUGGAGCCAGAAGUCUUUAGUCUACCAGAUGCAGAGACUCCACAGGUGCCUCCCAUAAGGAACUGGAGUUGCAGCAGCACUCUGCCACAAACAAGUAGCCAUGCCUGGCAUCCAGAGAAAGAGCUGGCAUUUGGUAUUGAUCCCUGUGAGAGAGGGGAGUCAGCAGCAGUACUGGUUACAGAUACUCCUGAGCAUGAGUAUGGAGUAAAGGUUACUUGGAGACAAAGGCCUCAUCUAAUGAAAUACCUGCUGGAGACAGGGAAGCUGAGUGCUGCUGACAUACUGGUGAAGGCGAACCCUGAGCUCUUUAGGCGACAGGAUGAUGUCUGACCUGGAGGAAGCAGUAAUCUUGUUAUGUGCAAAUACACGUCCAAACAGACAAUGUUACUUUGAAGGAUGAAGAGGGGAAAUGAUUUAAGCCAAGCCCUGUGCUACGGCUGGCCGAUCCUCCCGAAAAAUGCUGCAAAGGCGCCAGGGGUGUUUUCUUGGGGGUGGGCGUAUGC